AUGGCAACACGCCCAGCAGCAGACAAGCGGCUCGGCCAGCCUGCAGAGGGCGAGCAACACGCCCAGCAGCAGACAAGCGGCUCGGCCAGCCUGCAGAGGGCGAGCAACACGCCCAGCAGCAGACAAGCGGCUCGGCCAGCCUGCAGAGGGCGAGCAACACGCCCAGCAGCAGACAAGCGGCUCGGCCAGCCUGCAGAGGGCGAGCAACACGCCCAGCAGCAGACAAGCGGCUCGGCCAGCCUGCAGAGGGCGAGCAACACGCCCAGCAGCAGACAAGCGGCUCGGCCAGCCUGCAGAGGGCGAGCAACACGCCCAGCAGCAGACAAGCGGCUCGGCCAGCCUGCAGAGGGCGAGCAACACGCCCAGCAGCAGACAAGCGGCUCGGCCAGCCUGCAGAGGGUACAAACUCUUCCUACCGAUUAG